AUGUCCCUUGCUUACUACACAAGUGAAGUGGAAAUGCCCAGAGACAUAUUGAAUGACAGCUUAGCUGUCCUGCGAAUAGUAGAGCCCAACGACGAAGAGACCUGGCCACUUGAAGAGGAAUCUUUCAAAAGGGCCGCCAAGAAGUACUUCAAGUAUUUAAACAGUUCGCAGGCAUCGACGGAGGAUGACUGCGCGUCUUAUUACAACUAUGGGCACAGCGAAGCCGCGAGCCGAUAUCACGACCUGUUUUACCAAUACAAGACGAACAGCCUUCCGGGCGCGGCGUCCAUCGGUCGUUGGGAUGUGCACGUGUGCUGUGCGAUGCAGAUCUCACCGGAGGACAUCGCCAACCAGCUCUCGCUUCUCGACCUGCCCUGCUUCAAGGCUAUCAGGCCGAAGGAAUUGCUGACGUGCGGCUGGACUAAGUCGAACAAGGCCACAGUGGCGCCGAACGUCGUAGCGUUCACAAAACGGUUUAAUAGAGUGAGCUUUUGGACCGUGCAGGAGAUAUUAAAUCAGCCGUCGCUGAAAAUUCGCGCAGAGACUUUGGUGCAUUUUAUUAAGGUUGCAAAAAAAUUACACGAACUUAACAAUUUACAUUCGCUCUUCGCCGUGAUAUCGGCACUUCAAAGCGCGAGUGUUUAUAGGUUGACGAAGACGUGGGCGUGCAUAUCUAAGAAGGACCGACAGCAGUUCGACAAGAUGGCGGAGUUAUUCGGCGAAACGGGGAAUUGGACAGCGCUGAGGAAAUACAUGCAGUCCGUGCGCCUCCCUUGCAUUCCUCAUUUAGGCUUAUUUCUCACCGACCUCGUGUACAUCGACAUGGCCCAUCCUGUGCACCUGCGUUCGCCGCAUCGUGCGUCUAAAAUGGCGGUCGUCUUGGACACGCUGGAGCGCUACCAGACGUCGGAGUACGACAUCGAGCCGGUGCCGCCUGUCGCCUCCUUCCUGAACAGCGUACGUUAUAUUGAGGAGCUGCAGAAGUUCCUGGAGGACGACCAUUACAAGCUGUCAUUGAAACUAGAACCGCCAUCUCCGGUUGGAAGCUGUUCUGGCUCCAAAGAAUCUGUCAAGGAGGUGCCCCAAGGGAACUCAACCCCGUUCUCUCUCUCCCCUUCUCACCGCUUGGCCUCCGGUUCUCUUCGACUCCAGGGGACGUAUAGCCAGGGGAAAUUUGUACCCACCCACAGGAAAAGCCGUUCGCUCGGUUCAAAUGCAUGUCGCAGUAUAUUCGGCAAGGGCCAGUCGGAAGACAAAGACGCGAAGACGCCGGCCGGUUCUGUCAAUUUGCUGGACGAUACUUUGUUAGAGUCGCCCGGUUCAACCGUGGACAAGAUGAGAGAGUUACUGCCCUAUAGUGAUCUUGCGCAAUCGGAGUGCAUCAAAUGCGACUAUCAAAGCUUCGUCAGGCGCAAGACGGUGGUGAAAGACGGCAGGAAAAUAGCGGUGACUUCCUGGCAACGUUUUUGGAUGCAGAUAACCGGCAGCACCAUGAGUUUUUACGCUUCGAAGUCGUUCAAGGGCACCACCCGCAGUGACUUCGCGAAAGAGAGAUGCAAGCUGCUGGUGCUGCACUCGGGAUGGCGCGCGAUGUACUCGGACGCCGAGCCGAGCGACGCGUUCCAACUCCUGGACCGCAACGCGCACACCAUUUACAAGUUCAAAACCGGUUCCCACGAGUCGACGAAGCAAUGGGUGACGAUGAUCAAUAGCGUCACAAACAAAAUGGUGGAACCACUUCCAACGAACCUUAUGUCAUUCGAAUAG